GCAGGCUACCCACUCACAGUAUAAUGAUGACCACAUAUAGCUCGCUGCAUAUCCCCCACAGCACCUGCAUAACAUCACUUAGCCUACGUGGGAAGGACAUGAGUGGGGGACGUCUGCAGCGCUGCUCACUUUCUGAUGGAGACGCGCACGUUUGGCCGGAUUUGUCUGCUGCUGUUAAGAGCAGCAUCAAAUGAAAACUGACUCAUUUUUUUUCUUCUUCUUCUUGCAUCCCGGGUGCUGGGAACAUCCUCCCUGCGCGCAAAGGCGCGCGCUCGACGCAAAUCUGCUCACCGGCGCGCGGCGACAGAGACAGCGAUCCCCGGCUCGCGCCCCUGGAAUCUUUGCGCAGAGGAGCCCAGCCUCCUCUGUCGUCCCCGCAGAGCGCAGCGGCUCCGUCUCACCUCUUGACUCUCUGCGCUGAAAGCUCUCCUGUCACCACGAUGCUCCUGACGGGGUGACUGAACCCGGAUCGGUCUGAAAGGUCUGGAAAGUUGCUGCGCGUCAUGGAGCACGCGCGUAAACUUUAAAAGCCCGUUGUGGUUUUUCAUUUUGUGUUGGUGGAACAGCUUCUUUAGUAGUCUUCGUUCUGUUAGAAUGAAAGCAGGCGCGUAAAAGGGCUGGAAGAGCUCCGCAGGUUUUGGCAAAGGAAGGCGACAAGUCGUGAUCUGUGCGACGGAUUGUUCUGAGGAGGACGGAGGGGGAAAGGACGGAUGAGAGAACAUGGGAGCACUUUUGUGUGAUGGACGACUGAGGCACAUCCUCUUCCCUCUGCUCCUCCUCCUGCGAGCUCCGCUGUUGUUCAGCUUUGGGGAACGCACCUGCCCCAACAGCUGUCGCUGCGAGGGAAAAACUGUCCAUUGUGACUCUUCUGGGUUUUUAGAAGUGCCAGAAAACAUCUCUGUGGGCUGCCAGGGCCUCUCUCUGCGCUACAAUGAACUUCACACCCUGCUACCCUAUCAGUUUGCUCACCUCAGCCAGAUUCUUUGGAUUUACCUCGACCACAAUCAAAUUUCAGUUAUUGACAGCAGAGCAUUUCAAGGGGUUAGGAGGUUGAAAGAGCUAAUACUGAGCUCUAACCGGAUCACGUCCCUGCACAAUUCAACGUUUCAUGGCAUCCCCAAUCUUCGCAGUCUGGACUUGUCAUUUAAUAAGCUUGAAAUCCUGCAACCUGGUCAAUUUCAUGGUUUACGGAAACUGCAAAACCUUCACCUACGCUCCAACGGUCUCUCUAACAUCCCGAUUCGAGUUUUUCUGGAGUGUCGAAGCUUAGAGUUCCUAGAUUUGGGCUACAAUCGGAUCAAGGCUCUUACCCGCACCACUUUCUUGGGGUUACAGAGGCUGAUGGAGUUGCAUCUGGAGCACAACCAGUUCACAAGGAUCAACUUUUUUUUGUUUCCGCGCUUAGCCAAUCUCAGGUCGCUCUACCUGCAGUGGAAUCGUAUCAGAGUGGUCAAUCAGGGCCUUCCUUGGACUUGGUAUACCCUCCAAAAACUGGACCUAUCUGGAAAUGAAAUUCAGACCCUGGACCCAGCUGUGUUCCACUGUUUGCCCAACCUUCAAGUCCUAAAUUUGGAAUCCAACAAACUGUCCAAUGUGUCGCAGGAGGCCGCGUCCGCAUGGAUUUCACUGACCUCCAUAAGCCUGGCCGGCAAUAUGUGGGACUGUGGAACUGGCAUUUGUCCCCUUGUCGCUUGGCUGAGAAAUUUCCGGGGGAGUAAAGACACCACAAUGAUAUGCAGCAGCCCUAAGUAUAUGCAAGGAGAGAAAAUCAUGGAAGUCACACGGAACCACGGCAUCUGUGAAGAAACAGAUUAUGUUUUGACUGAAACACCCUUACCUACGCUGGAGCUAACUUCUGAGGGCACUGCUGAACCGACCUUCGCUCCCACUACCAGCUCUCCACCAAUGCCACCAACCAACACUUUGGGCCCACUCCCACCUUUCAGACCUCGACCGAUUCCUCACCCUACCUUUCCUGGCCAUAUGAGCAAAAAUCCCAGGGACUCAGCAGUGCGCACUCGGCCCACUCACAUACCCCCUCCAGAAAUGGAGCAUAUGACUCUGCACAAAGUAGUGGUGGGUAGCGUAGCCCUCUUCUUCACUAUGUCCCUAAUCUUGACAAUUAUUUAUGUGCUGUGGCGACGCUACCCAGGUGCAACUAGGUUGCUCCAGCAGCGAUCCAUGGUGGGACGGAAACGCCGCAAAAAGAGUCCGGAGCCGGAGCAGAACCUCAGCUCCCAGCUUCAAGAGUAUUACAUGAGCUACAACCCCGCUGCUACCCCAGAAGCAUUGGAGGUGCUGGGCAAUGGCACUGGUUCCUGCACCUGCACAAUUUCUGGCUCCAGGGAGUGUGAGAAUGAAUACACGUGUCCACGCCCCUUACCUGGUGCUUGGCUGGGAGAUGUGCACACUAUCCACUAACUCUCAAAGACGAAGCGUUUCGGAUUGUGCAUGGACCACAUUGAAAAAGGAAAAGGGGCGUAAGCAGAACGCCCAGCAGGACCACACAAUUCAAAUUCAUAGACACAUCCGAAUUGCGCUCCAUGGAAGCAAAGACAACAAUGAACCAAUGCAGGAUGAUGAUCAUUUCUCUUUUUCUUGAGAUUUUCUAAUGCUAUUUUUUUUUUUUUUUUUUCUGCUCCUCUGCUUUCCAACAUCCCAUCAUGCUUUGUUACAAUGCAACUUCUGGCAGUGACAAUUUUUACACAAUGCAGUCUUGUUGACUAAAGACCAACAAUGCCUUGGAAAAAGGACUUAUAUGAAUUAAAAAGCCGAUUACAAAAUAUCGCAGGAACAUUUUCUAAGACUUGAAAAGAAAAUUCAUCCUUGGGAACAACAAGGCAUUGUAGAAAAGUGUAAAAGCACUGAAUCGUUUAUGGAACUGCCAAGGACAUGCAUCCCUGCCUGCUCUCCAGUGUAUAAUAUGACGAUGGUUUGCAUAUUUUUGGUUCCUAUAAAGCAUCAUUCUGUAACCUCUCAAUGCUGGUUUUAUGAAGGAUGUGGCUCAUCACUGCAGCAGAGGAACGACACAAGUCCAAUGGAAUAUCGUUUCAGGCAAACUAACCCCCUCCUUCAAACCCCUUCAUGCCCGACCAAUGAAUUUUGUGAAGUUUUUAGGUGUCACUUUGUUUUUCUUGUAGAAUAUUUUGAAGUGUUUCUGAAUCUUGAUGGGGUUGAGACCUAAAUGAAGACAGGGCGGGAACUCAAGCCAAGGUGCAAAGCGUUUCUUAUGUUUUACUUUCCGUGUUAUUAAUGUUGUUCUUUCUGAAAAGUGUUUCUGUAAGUUCAGCACCAAAUACCAAAGAGCCUAGUAGAUCUUCUUGGCUUUUGGCUCAUCCAAACAUCAUCCCUUAAGAAUCCAGGAUUAAUUUGACCAUGACGGACCAGAGGGAGCCUGGACUUCUCCAUGUGACAGUGCUCUUUGCCAGAACAGCUUCUUUCUGUGUAAAGUGUGUCCGUCCUUGUGAUCUUGCAAUGGCGGGAAAGUCUUGUCUGAAUGCUUACUCUGAGCACUACUUUAACCCUUGUGCUAUCUUAUGUCCCUUGCAUUGAUGUGUGAUCCCUCCCAUGACCAAGGUGAAGAUAAAAAAUACUUUAAGAAAAGUUCAGUCUUUGUCUUUUGAUGACCCGACUUUUAAUGAAAACAUGCCUAGGAUAGCACAAGGGUUACACCAUUUAUCGACGACAUGCUUCACUUUUCUACCCUCCAAAAACCAAGCCUGUUCCUGCCCCCACCUCCCCAGCGAAGACUGCAAAUGUUGUGUGGCUCUGCGUGUGCUUGUGUUAGUUUGUGAAUCCAUCGGAGACCUUCUGGGUUGUGGCUUGUUUGUUUGAACAUUUAAAAACCAAUCUUUCUACACGAGAAAAUGCUACUUUUUUUAUUGUAAAUUCUUGCUUUUCCCUCAUGGAUUUCUUGGUAGGCCUAUUUAAUAAGCAGCUGUACUCUUUGUUCACUUGAAACAGUAUGUUUUUUAAUAAAAAUGACGACUCAGACAGUGAGCAAUAUUAAUUGGUCAAAUAAAGUAUUCAUUAAUCAUGUGUCCGUGUUGUGACUUUGUGCGUGCGCUCUCCGGUGCCCCCGAUCCCACGUCUGGCAAAAAUCUGUCGGAUUCCCUCCAGACCCGCCAUGACAGGGCUGUCACAUCAUCAUUAGCCUCAUUAAUUUAGAGAGCAGAACAUUGAUCUCUGUUCAGCCGUUCUGUUCAUGUUGACACUCACUGCAGGAAUCACCAGUCUUCUAAUUAUGCUUCCUGCGUGGUGUGUUGCACAUACCAAGAGGGGGGCCAUGCUUAGUCGAUACCCUGCGUGUCAGCUGUUCUCAGAACACGUCAAGCUGUCAGCUCCGGGGUCCAGAUGGUCAAUCAGCACGGCCAUCACUGUGUUGUUUUUCCAUGCACUGCUCCUCACCUAUGUCCCUUCCCCAUCGGUUAUCUUCCUCUCUGUUUGGUGUCCCCCUCUCUGUUUGGGGUUUUUCUCAUCGUAAUGACAUUUCCUCUGCCUGGUCUCCAUGCUCCAUGACCACUUGUUCUUAACGGGUCGGUUCACUGUGACCUGAAGGAGAUUUGUGUGCUCUUUCUAUCCGGCCACACAGGUGGUUGCUGUUUUAUAUCCAGCUGCCCAUGAAAGACAUUUUCCACAAAAACUCAGCGUUUUACCUUCCAGGGCAGGACAUCUUACGCAGCUCUGCUUGAAAAGAACUUUUGGCUUAUUGAACUAACCAAAAAAAAAAAAAAA